UCAGCCGCAGAAGACAGCUGCCUCUUCCUGUCUCUGGAAAUGGACCCACUCCGGCAGUUUCUCCUGCUUCUGCUCAUGGUUGGACAUGGGUGGAGUCAACAACAAGAAGAAGUCUGCUCCAAGUCUGUGGUCAACUCCUGCAGUGACUGUAUCCGCUCUGGACCGUUCUGUGUGUGGUGCCAACAACUGAAUUACACCAAAGCUGGCGAGCAGGAAGCGGUUCGAUGUGACACCAAAGCUAUCCUCCUGGAAAGAGGCUGCCCGAUUCAAGAAAUCCUCUCUCCUGUAAAUAAAAAGACCAUUAUUAGAGCAGUUUCGCUGUCCUCCACGUUCAACCAGCAGGAACCGAUCCAGCUGACUCCUCAGAGGAUCAAGCUGAAACUGAGACCAGGACUUUCUGAGACGUUCAGAGUUUCCUUUAAAAGAGUUGAUGGGUAUCCUGUGGAUCUGUACUACCUGAUGGAUUUAUCGUACUCCAUGAAAGACGACUUAGAAAUAGUCAAACAGCUGGGGCAACAACUUUUUGAAGCUCUGAAAAAGUUCACUAAGCAUGUUCAAAUAGGCUUUGGAUCGUUUGUGGAUAAAACCGUCCUCCCGUACACCAACACCAACGAGCAGAAGCUGAAGAAACCGUGUGAUGAAGACUACCAGCAGUGCCAGGCCGCCUUCGGUUACAGACACGUCCUCAAUCUGACGGCGAGCCAAGACGAGUUCAGGAAGAAGGUUAACCAGCAGUUCAUCUCCGGAAACCUCGACACACCUGAGGGAAGUCUGGACGCCAUGAUGCAGGCCACCGUGUGCGGGAAUAAAAUCGGCUGGAGGGACAGCAGCACUAGGCUCAUCGUCCUGACCACAGAUGCUGGUUUCCACAUGGCGGGCGACGGUAAACUGGCCGGUAUUCUGGAGCCAAAUGAUGAGAAAUGUCACCUGGUGAACAACAUUUACUCUCAGAGUAGUCAGAUGGAUUACCCGUCUGUCGGACAGUUAGCGAUACAGCUGGCGAAAAACAAUAUUCAGCCGAUCUUCGCGGUAACACAAGAAGUGAAGGAAGUGUACAAGCAACUUUCCAAAAUGAUUCCUUCAUCUGCGGUCGGAGUUUUGUCAGCUGAUUCCACAAACGUCGUUGGCUUGAUUGAAGGCGCUUACAAAAGUUUGUCUUCCAAAGUUACUCUGACUCAUGACACCCUGCCUGAACACGUCAGAGUCAGCUUCAAGCCGAUAUGUUCCAAACCCAUACAAACAGGGCGCAGCGAAGGAGUUUGUGAUGACGUGCUCGUGGGACAGACGAUUGCCUUUGACGUCACAGUGACAGUGGACUCGUGCAUGUCUGGAAAGUCCUUCACCAUCAGACCUCUGGGUAUCAAAGACACUCUGACAGUGAGUUUAUCCACAGAGUGUGAAUGUAAGUGUGAAGAACCGCAGACCGGAAGCCAUUCACACUGCUCGGGUAAAGGACAAGUCAACUGUGGAAUCUGCAGCUGCAACGAAGGCUACGUCGGUCAGUUCUGCAACUGUUCUGUUGGAAAUAAAGACGAACAAUCGCUGAGAGUUUUCUGUCAAAAGAAGCAAAACAACACCGAGUGCGAGGGCCGAGGAGACUGCGUGUGCGGCCAAUGUUUGUGUCACAGGACCGAUGAAGGAAAUAACUACUACGGGACAUACUGCGAGUGUGACAACGAGCACUGUGAAAAGUUCCAGAACAAGCUGUGUGGAGGAAACGGGGAUUGCAACUGCGGGAAGUGUAAAUGCUACCCAGGCUUCGAGGGCUCGGCAUGUCAGUGUAAAAAGUCUGAGGAAGGCUGUCAAACCGAGGACAACACUGUGUGCUACGGCAGAGGAGCCUGCAAGUGUAACCGCUGCGAGUGUGAUGAGGGAUACCAGCGUCCACGGUGCAAGACCUGCCUGGGCUGUCCUGACACCUGCCUGACCAAACUGAAUUGCAUCGAAUGCAUGGGCUUUGGCUCUGGUGCCUUUGAAAAGAACUGCAGUGCGGCCUGCUCAAGCAUCAGUGACAGUGAGCUGGUCAAACAGUUCACCGUUGGGACUGAUCAGUUCACCACUGGGAUCAAACAGUGCCAACAGAAGGACUCGAAGGGCUGCUGGCUCAAAUUCAAGCUGCUGCAGCUAACCGGAAGGGAUAACUACAAGGCUGAGAUCCUGAAUGAGAGGGAGUGUCCAGUACCGCCCAGCGUCAUACCGAUCAUCGCAGGAUCUGUGGCAUCCGUGGCUCUGAUUGGCAUCCUGCUGCUGAUGCUCAUUAAGUUACUCCUCUACUUCAAGGACCUGAAGGAGUUCAAGAAGUUUGAGAAUGAAAAGAAGAAGUCCAAGUGGGCGGAGGCUGACAACCCCCUGUUCAAGAAUGCCACCACCACGGUGACCAACCCCACCUUCACUGGAGAGUAACCACAACCCCACCUUCACUGGAGAGUAACCACAACCCCACAUUCACUGGAGAGUAACCACAACCCCACCUUCACUGGAGAGUAACCACAACCCCACCUCCACAACCCCACCUUCACUGGAGAGUAACCACAACCCCACCUUCACUGGGGAGUAACCACAACUCCACCUUCACUGGGGAGUAACCGCGAUGACCAACCCCACCUGAUGACCAACCCCACCUUCACUAGAGAGUAACCACGAUUACCGAACCCCACCUUCACUGGAGAGUAACCACGGUGACCAACCCCACCUUCACUGGAGAGUAACCACAACCCCACCUUCACUGGAGAGUAACUACGGUGACCAACCCCACCUUCACUGGAGAGUAACCACAACCCCACCUUCACUGGAGAGUAACCACGGUGACCAACCCCACCUUCACUGUGGAGUAACCACGGUGACCAACCCCACCUUCACUGGGGAGUAACCACGAUGACCAACCCCACCUGAUGACCAACCCCACCUUCACUAGAGAGUAACCACAGUGACCAACCCCACCUUCACUGGAGAGUAACCAAGGUGACCAACCCCACCUUCACUGGAGAGUAAACACGAUGACCAACCCCACCUUCACUGGAGAGUAACCACGGUGACCAACCCCACCUUCACUGGAGAGUAACCACGAUGACCAACCCCACCUGAUGACCAACCCCACCUUCACUGGAGAGUGACCACGAUGACCAACCCCACCUGAUGACCAACCCCACCUUCACUGGAGAGUAACCACGAUGACCAACCCCACCUGAUGGCUAACCCCACCUGAUGACCAACCCCACCUUCACUGGAGAGUGACCACGGUGACCAACCCCACCUGAUGACCAACCCCACCUUCACUGGAGAGUAACCACGAUGACCAACCCCACCUGAUGGCUAACCCCACCUGAUGACCAACCCCACCUUCACUGGAGAGUGACCACGAUGACCAACCCCACCUGAUGACCAACCCCACCUGAUGACCAACCCCACCUUCACUGGAGAGUAACCACGAUGACCAACCCCACCUGAUGACCAACCCCACCUUCACUGGAGAGUGACCACGGUGACCAACCCCACCUGAUGACCAACCCCACCUUCUCUGGAGAGUGACCACGAUGACCAACCCCACCUGAUGACCAACCCCACCUGAUGACCAACCCCACCUGAUGACCAACCCCACCUUCACUGGAGAUUAACCACGAUGACCAACCCCACCUGAUGACCAACCCCACCUUCACUGGAGAGUAACCACGAUGACACGGUCAUGCCAGUUGUUUUUUUGUCUUAAAUUUCGUAUAAUGUGUAUAUACAUGCUUAUGAGACUUUGACUUUAGAUAUAUAAUUAUAUAGUUUUGUAGUUUUUUGUUUCUUUGCUGUCGCCGCCAUCUUUAGGACUGUAGCAUAUUCAACAGGCUCUUAUGAAAUUAGCCAUAGUCUUAACAUUUGAGAGCAAGAAAGCUAACCUCCACUUCUUACCAACUUUCUAGGAGGUUAAAUUAAUGGUAAUGAAGUAAAAUCUCUCAAAAUGUCCUUUUCUUUUCACAGAGGGGGCCUUAGUAGUCCGUUAUACACAGUGUAGCGAACAGGAAGUGUGUUGGUUGCCGACGUCAGGUCCCAGGACAGUCCUAAAGAUGGCGCUGAGAAUACUGUGUGAAGAGGUUAGGAUGUACAUAGAUGGGUGGUGCAGAAGGGUAGGAUGAUUUUGAACAAUGAAUGGAUUUAGAUACUUGUUUUGCAGUCAGUUUUUGUAUUUCACAUGUCAUGUAUGCUUGGAUUAUUCCACAGAAUUUGGCGGGCAUAAAAAAUAAAAAAGAAUAUUUAAAAGGCAA